AUGAAGCAGGCAAUUGAAGGACCAUGUGCACAAUUCACAAUUGGACGAUCCCAGAUGGACGGUGCUAAGUCACUGGAAGAAGGUGGAGCUGAGAAAGCUCCCCCCUUUCAGGCUCAUAUUGUGAUAAAUAGUCCACAAGAAGGGGAGGUUGGGGAUGGUAAAGAAUGGAAAAGGGAGAUAAUGCAGUUACCAGACAAGGCCUUGCCAGACACAUUGAAGUAUAUUGGACUGAGAUUCCAUCUUCCUUUACCAAAACUAGAGGAGUGCCGAGCAAUGCCUAAAAUAGAUCUUCAGAAGUUCUCAAGUACAUGGCUGUCCUUGUCUGUGAAAAAAAUCAAUAUAAGACAGCAUAUAGACUUCAAAAGCAAGGUGAAUAAGGAAGAAUAUAAGGAACCUAUCUGCUCAUAUGAAAUUCCUUCCACUGUUGUUGUUGAUGAUUUACCAGGGGUACAUCAUAGAAAUAAUCUACAGUAUUAUGCAGAAACUGGUCUUCGAGAGGUCCUGCAGAAGAUAGGAGGGAAGCAUGAGCCGGUGGAAGUGGUUGGAACAAGAAUAGCCAGGGCCUUAAAAAAAAAUGAAACAUCCUGGGUAAUAGCAAAUUUAGCUGGAUUGUAUUGGAGAGUGAAGGGCAAUGCAAACAGAGCUAUAGAAUGUCUGCGUGUAGCUGUCCAUUCAGCACCCAAACAUUCAAAGGAUGUGGCAUUACUCAGUAUAGCUAAUGUUCUCCAUAGAGCAGGGUAUAUUAAUGACGCAAUUGUGGCUUCCAGUUAUUCCAUGGAUGUAUCACCUGGUCUUGUUGUCGGCCAUUUUAACAUGGCAAAUCUGUAUGCAGCUAAGGGACAGUGGAACUAUGCAGCCAUGUUUUAUGAAUCUACUCUGGGACUCCAGGCAACAUUUGAACCUGCUAAACAAAGACUGCGGCUCAUAUACUGUAUGAGAGUAACCCAGCAACCAAUUAAAGAAUGAAACAAAGAGUGGAAACAUUCCAUGUGUUCAGAUUUGUGUUGUGAUUUUAAUUUGUUAGUGAAUUUUAAAGGUAUUACAGUGAUGUUGACAGAAGAUAUUGAGAAACUGAAAUUGAUACUGUGAUAGUUAUAGCCCGUUGGGUACGUUGGUGCAAGUCUGUUUUACUAUGGUGUUGAGAAUAAGUGACAUUGAAUUUGUCUGUAUGACUGGCUGUUUACAUCCUGUAACAGGUAGAUAUUAGACAGGAGAUAGAUGUGUUCACCUAGUUGAAUCUUUGUAACAAGUUCAUUUUUGGGGUGAUUUUGUUCAGGGUAAUGAGAAAAUAUUUUCGAGGCAACUUUAACCACAGUCUGUCUGGUGGACAUCUUGGGUCUUACCCCAUUAUUAAAAGCUAAGAAGUUGUCAUAUAAUUGUGUUGGUAUGAAAUAAACUGUGUAAAUGACCAGCUUCAUUGAGGUUUCAUUCACAGAAAAGUCUGGUAUUUUUCUACACUGAUUUUAGAUGGUCCUUCAUUUUGCUUAGAAAAAUACUGAAAGAUCACUGGAUUUUGAAUAUUUAUUGAAGUAAGAAAACUAAUAGAAGAUACAAAGCCUGUUUUAAGUAAUUUACACCAAACGCAUGAAAGGUGUGUUCUUUUUGGUACUCAGGUUUAUCAUAAUUCAAGAUUUUGCUAUUUAUCAUUUUUGAGUUAGCAAAAGUUAGUAGAAUUAGUAACUCUAGCAUUUAUUUUGUUCAAGUUAUUUUUUGACUUAGAAAUUUUGGAAUGUUUUCAAACUCACUAAAUCCUUGGCCUCUUGAAUUGACUUUACAGGGAAGUAACAUAUCUCCAGCUUAUUUUUUCCCCCUUUUUUUACAUAGAAAAUUUGUUUGUCUUGCUGUAAGCAGUUUUCUCAUACAUUUCUUGGCUAAAUGCUGUCAAACUCAGCAUAAACUCAGUUUUAUGAUUGCAUAUGUCAUGUCUUGUUAUUUUCCUACAUAUCUGUGAUAUGUCACAUGUUUAAUUGUAAAGCGCCCUUGAAUGUAUAUUCCAUAAGAAAAGGGCGCUCAACAAAUCUGGUAUAAUGAUAAUAAUGAGAUGUAACAGAGCUUAUUUUAUAACUGUGGUUUACAUUUUGUCAAAGUUAUACCCCUUUCUAAAGCUACUCGCCCACAGUUCGGGUGAUUUUUUUCAACAUGUUCAUUUCCACCAAGUUUGGCAUAGAAUAUAUAUAUGACACUGAAAAAUUAAAAAGUGUGUGAAAAUAAAGGUUAGAUAUUGGUAAAAAUGCAGGAGGAAUGUAAAUUUUCUGCAUUUUUUUAAAAGCGUUGCAACGUUUACUACCUUCUGCACCUUAUAUUUUGUUAUUUGUAUGAAAAUCUUGCUAAAUUCGUAUGUCAGUAAGUUCGUACCACUAGUCACUUUCAGAGUACUCACUGUUUAUGGAUAUUUGAGAGUUGUUUUUUUUGCCAAAAAUAUAUGGCUUAGUUCCUUUAACAUAAAAUUUUGUGCAAGCUUUGCAUGUAAGCAUGUUUCUCAGGAAUUGUUGAAUCAAAUGUUUUCAAACUCUACACACAUCAUGAGGUGACCUCACGAGGUAGGUUUCACAACUCUGGCUGACAUUUUGCCUCUUUUCUUGCCUGUACUCGUAACAAUGCCUGUAGGGGCAUCUAAUGUUUUCCUCUACCAUUGAAAGUUGGAAAAGUUUACAUACGAUCUAAAUUUUCUGGAUGUGACGAAACCCAACAAAAACAACAACAAUUAUUAAUAGAAAUAGUUAGCAUACUUCGUAAAUGAAAUGAUCUCUAAAUAUUCUUGUCUGCCAAUAGCUAUAGCUAAUUAUAUAUCUUUAUAUGCCAACCGACUUAAAUUAUUGGAUUGGGUUUGAUUGGAUAUGUACAAUUAUGAAUAGUUUUUAUUUUUGUUACGAUGCUAGUUUUUAGCUUUGCCUUUGUUAAUACAUUAUUCUUUUGAAAUCCGUAUUUCAUUAUUUGAAUUCCAUAAUAUUCUGCUUUUAUUAGCUCACCUGUCACAAAGUGACAAGGUGAGCUUUUGUGAUCGCGUGGGGUCCGUCGUCCGUGCGUAAACUUUUGCUUGUGACCACUCUAGAGGUCACAUUUUUCAUGGGAUCUUUAUGAAAGUUGGUCUGAAUGUUCAUCUUGAUGAUAUCUAGGUCAAAUUCGAAACUGGGUCAUGUGCGGUCAAAAACUAGGUCAGUAGAUCUAAAAAUAGAAAAACCUUGUGACCUCUCUAGAGGCCAUAGUUUUCAUGAGAUCUUCAUGAAAAUUGGUCAGAAUGUUCACCUUGAUGAUAUCUAGGUCAAGUUCGAAACUGGGUUACGUGCGGUCAAAAACAAGGUCAGUAGGUCGAAAAAUAGAAAAACCUUGUGACCUCUCUAGAGGCCAUAUUUCUCAAUGGAUCUUCAUGAAAAUUGGUCAGAAUGUUCACCUUGAUGGUAUCUAGGUCAAGUUCGAAACUGGGUCACGUGGGGUCAAAAACUAGGUCAGUAG